UGGAGUAUGUGAGAAGCUGCCAGAGGAAUCACUCAUAUUUUAAUUUCUGCUUCACCAGAUGCUCCUGCCCUGCCCUGUGCCUCCAGGAGUGUGACCCCCCCAGUCCUGGAGCACCCCACAGCCGAGAUGGUGGCCUUUAACUGGAAGGCUCUGGAGAACUUCCCACUGCUGAUGUACAUUUUGGCAGCUAAAACAUUGAUCCUUUGCUUGGCCUUUGCUGGAGUCAAAAUGUACCAGAGCAAGAAAAUCGAGGAGAAACUGAAGAGGGAACGAGAAGAGAAGCUGAAAGCGGAAGCAGAGAAGAAGGAUGAGUGAAGAGUCCCUCAGGUGUGGAAUUGAUCUCAGUUCCUGGGCUUUGAGGAUGCCCUUGUUCCUCCCAGUGGGAUUGAUUUGGAAUGUGAAAUUGGAAUAUGAUGAGCUCUUGGAAUAUUUGGGACUCAUUCUUUGUGGGACUUGCAUGAACCACUGUCCUGUUUGAGGAUAUUUUAGCACAAUAUUCCCUCUCUGUUUUUAUCUCCCUGGAUUUCCAUGCCUGAUUCACAAAGAGGGGGGAUAAAUUUGGAAUAACUGCAGGGGAGCAGCCAGGCAGGAUGCUACAAUCAGAACUCUGGGCCUCAAGGCACAAAAUAAAGAGAGAAAAUAAUCAGCCUUU